AUGCAGAACAUGACGAGACGCUUUGGUCGCAUGACGACGAAGUCGUCUGCAGAUGACAGUCAAAUUGCUGUGCUUUUAAAAGACUUCGACGAUGCAGAUAUGCUCCUAGGCAAGAUCGUGGAAUCUACCCAAUCCUGGCGUGAUGCUUGGAUCUCUAUCGCAACUUACCAGAGUCGCCUUAUUGAUGAAUUCGACGGCCUCUACGGUCCUAUCAUUGGUUCCUCAGAAACCCCGUCCAACCACAACGCCGUGGAUACCGACCCCGUCAGAUUAGCUCGGACAAACCGACUGCGCAAGGAAUAUGAUGAACUACGUAACGACCUCAUAGAGGAACUCGGUGCUGUCGAUACUCGCAUGACCAAGCCGGCUUCGCAGGCAAAGGAAUCCCUUGCGCCGAUGAAAAAGACGAUCAAAAAGCGAAACGACAAGAAGACCGACUUUGAAAUCUCCCAAGGACGUGUUGAUAGCCUCAUGAAAAAGCCAAAGCGCACCGACCGCGACAAUGCGAACCUGGCCAAAGCGGAGGCAGAACUUGCCGAUACGAAAGAGGCUUACCAAGCUGCCGACGAGGACCUACGACAGCGACUCCCAACAUUAAUCGCUCUCAUAUUCUCCCUGACGCCAUAUUUCCUCGAAGCACAGGUCGAGAUCCAAAACCGCAUGCUUGCAAACUAUUACACAGUCCUUCACACUUAUUGUGCAGAAGAGGGAUUCCCCUCCCCGCCACCAGACAUGGAACAAGUUGUCCAAGAUUGGGAGUUUGCCUUCAAACCUGUGCAAACUGAAAUAGAAAACUUCGGCUCCCUGACCAUUGGCAAGGCCAUGCGUCGAGCUGCAGCCGAGCACGACAAUAAGAAACGCCCUUCAAUUGGAAGCCGCGCUCCUAGCAAUGCCUCAUCGACCUCGCUCCCGUCUUACCGCCGAGGCUCACAAACACCAGGAUCGUCGGCCCAGACACCCUGUGUACCAGAAUAUCCUCCCUCUCCGCCCCUGUCAACGCUCAGUCACAAGAGCAGCGCAAUUCCCGUUGGAAACGCCGCAGGAUCUAAGCCCCUCGCAACGGGCGGUGACUACUUCGAGCCCCCUCGUCCUACAUUCAUGCCAACCCCACAAGCCACUCCCAUUUCAUCAGGAGUGGUCAGAUCACCUGCCGGCCCCAAUGUAGACUCUUUCCAGGCCAAGGUAUCACCCAUGGCUGCCGCCAUAGGGAAGAAAAAACCCCCGCCACCACCGCCGUCAUCCCGUCCAGUGUUUGUCACGGCGCUGUAUGACUUUGACGGACAGGGGAAUGGCGAUCUGAGUUUCCGGGAAGGUGACCGCAUCCGCGUCGUGCGGAAGACCGAUAGCACGGAUGACUGGUGGGAAGGCGAGCUGAGAGGACAGAAGGGACCUUUCCCUGCCAACUACGUUGAGUAG